GCCCCUUUCUAAGUUGCGGUAUCAUUUCUGUUUUGCCAAAAUGUCAUUGCCUUUUCGAACCUUUGUUCGUAAUUUUUCGACCUCAGGGUUGAAGAAAAAUGCAAUUAAGAAUGUGACAAUUAUCGGCGGUGGUUUGAUGGGAGCUGGCAUCGCUCAGGUUGCAGCAUCAACAGGUCACAGUGUCGUUAUGGUAGAUCAGAAUACAGACAUUCUGAACAAGUCCAAAGCAAACAUUGAGAAAAGUCUGCAAAGAGUUGUCAAAAAGAAGUAUGCUGAAGAUCCAAAGGCAGGGGAAGCUUUUUUGAGCCAAGUACUUGGCAACCUGGCAUUAGAGACAGAUGCUGCCACCUCUGUGAAGAAAGCAGAUCUUGUCAUUGAGGCCAUCGUAGAAAACUUGAAAAUCAAACAGGAGCUUUUCAAGAACCUUGACAUGGCGGCUCCAGCAUCCACAAUAUUUGCAAGCAACACUUCAUCUAUCCCCAUCAAGGAAAUUGCAGUGGCCACAGAGCGAGCUGAUCGAUUUGGAGGUCUCCAUUACUUCAACCCGGUGCCCAUGAUGAAACUCCUAGAGGUGAUCCGAAUCCCUCAGACGAGUGACGAGACGUUUGACAAGCUUCUAGCGUUUGGUAAAGCAAUGGGCAAGGUCACAGUCAACUGUAAGGACACACCUGGCUUCAUUGUAAACCGUCUCCUAGUCCCAUACAUGAUGGAGGCAGUACGCAUGGUUGAACGAGGUGAGGCAACUCCAAAAGAUGUCGACACAGCCAUGAAACUUGGGGCUGGAUAUCCGAUGGGGCCAUUUGAACUCACAGACUAUGUAGGACUGGAUACAUGCAAGUUCAUCAUUGAUGGUUGGCAUGAGAAAUACCCAGACCACCCUCUGUUUGCUCCAAGCCCACUGCUGAACAAGUAUGUUGCUGAGGGGAAACUCGGGAACAAGGUCGGAGAGGGAUUCUACAAGUCAAAGAAAUAAUGUGUGCUAAGAUACAGACAUUGUGUAUGCUCUGGAAAUAUUUAUUUUUAUUGAGUUCAAAUGAUCGAGUGCUAAUUGAUAAAGAGACCAUCUUACUAAUGAUAGUAUCCUACAAUUUUCGUAGGCAUUUGUAACACUGGCAUAAUAAUGAACUGUUUUUUUAUCUUACCAUAUUUUUUGCACGUUGUUAAGAUAGCAUCAUUGUGAAGACAUAAUUAUAUUAUAUAUAUUUUUUGGGUAUAAAAGCUGUCAGACCAUAAUUUAAGGGAUGGAAAUAAUUGAAUGGUAACUGGUUGUAGUUGUUGAAUGGCUUUGCAGGGUGAUACAGCAAAGCAAGAAAAUACAUGUACCAGUAAUACAUAUAAAGCCAAAUUUUGAGGUCAUAAAAAGUAAAUAAAUUUACAGUAUACAUAUUAUUGAAUAAUCUGGUCCACUUGUUUCAUGCUAUUGAAGUGUACUCUGUGAUACUGUGUAUUGUUCUAUCAUAAAUUUCAUGACAAUAAAUUGAAGGGACAUC